CGAGUGUGAAGCUGAAGCGGGCGCUGCCCUGUCAGGCCUAUGUGAACCAGGGCGAGAACCUGUGAGUGCCGGGGGGCGGGCGGGGCCGGCGCGGGCGCCCCUGACCCUCUCCUUCCUGCAGGGAGACCGACCAAUGGCCCCAGAAGCUGAUCAUGCAGCUGAUCCCGCAGCAGCUGCUGUCCACCCUGGGCCCCUUGUUCCGCAACUCCCAGCUGGCGCAGUUCCGCUUCACCAACCAAGACUGUGACUCCCUCAAGGGCCUCUGCCGUCUCAUGGGCAACGGCUUCGCGGGCUGCAUGCUGUUCCCCCACAUCUCCCCCUGCGAGGUGCGUGUGCUGAUGCUCGUGUACUCGUCUAAGAAGAAGAUCUUCAUGGGCCUCAUCCCCUACGACCAGAGCGGCUUCGUCAGCGCCAUCCGGCAGGUCAUCACUACCCGCAAGCAGGCAAUGGGCUUGGGUGGUGUCAAUUCAGGCCCUGUCCAGAUUGUCAACAACAAGUUCCUGGCGUGGAGUGGUGUCAUGGAGUGGCAGGAGCCUAGACCUGAUCCCAACAGUUGCUCCAAGAGGUGGCUGCCGUCCCACAUCUACGUGAACCAGGGCGAGAUCCUGAGGACUGAGCAGUGGCCGAGGAAGUUGUCCAUGCAGCUCAUCCCGCAGCAGCUGCUGACCACCCUGGUGCCACUGUUCCGGAACUCCCGCCUGGUGCAGUUCCACUUCACCAAGGACCUGGAGACGCUGAAGAGCCUGUGCCGGAUCAUGGACAAUGGCUUUGCGGGUUGCGUGCACUUCUCCUCCAAGGCCUCGUGCGAGGUUCGUGUGCUGAUGCUCCUGUACUCCUCGGAGAAGAAGAUCUUCAUUGGCCUCAUCCCCCACGACCAGAGCAACUUCGUCAAUGGCAUCCGCCGUGUCAUUGCCAACCAGCAGCAGGUCCUGCAGCGGAACCUGGAGCAGGAGCAGCAGCAGCGAGGGAUGGGGGGAUAGUGGCCCACCCGGGCCGGGCCUCCAGGAGCUGCGGACGAGGCCUCUGCAGACUGGUCAGAUGCUUCCGAACGGGGCCCUCAGGGAGUGCAGUUGCCCAUCGAGAUGGAGGACGGCAUCCUGAGGCACCUCCAAGGACGGUUCCACCCCUGUACGUUUCCCCAGUAAAGCCUUUUAAAAACC